AAUGAUACUAUCUCAUUAGUUUUAAUACCAAAUUUAUUGAGAAGUUUAAACAUGAAACCUUGAGCUUUUAUUGAAUAAUUCGAUUAUGCUCUCAUCUCAUGUCUUCUUAUCUUAUCAUGUCAUAGCCUAACAUUAAUUCUUGGUCUUUAGUCUAUGAGUAAUGUUAGGUUGACACAUCUUCUGGUGUCCAACACCGUAUAUAACAAUACGGUGCGAUCGGACAUGGAUUCACAUGUAUCCCAUCACCGGUCUUACAACGUCGGUGACAGGAGAAUCGACGUUGUUAUGAGCGGAAAAGGCUAUGGUUCGAGAGGGAUUUGGUCUCCAAAUUCAUCUCAGCAGAAUGAAAAACCAUGGAGUUUCAACAAUCCAGAAGCAAAGAGAAAGAAGAGGAUAGCCAAAUACAAGGUUCACAACGUAGAAGGUAAGGUUAAAGCCACACUCCGGAAAGGACUAAGAUGGAUCAAGAAAAAAUGCUCUCAAAUUAGCCACGGCUACAAAUAAGUUAGCCACGGAUAUCACAACGCAUGAAAAUUUUGCAUGUAAAAAUAUCUGUAGCACAGACACCUCUGAAAAAAAGUUGUAUUAGUGUCGGUAUCGUGUUAUCUAGAAAUGAAAUGUUUUUUUUUUGAUAAAAAGCUAGAAAUGAAAUGUUAUUAUCUACAUGUGAUAAAAUAUUUGAGAUUGAUAUAUGGUUUUGUUGCACUCUAAUGAAUGUUUAUAAUUAUGGAAACAAUUAAC